AUGGCUUCUUCCUCCAGCGCCCGAAGCAGCCGUGUGGCCACAUGCCUCGUGCUGCUUCUCCUGGCCGUCAGCCUCCGAGAAGCCUCGGCCGCGAGGCCGCUCCGGCCAGCCGUCGACAUGCCUAGCGAGGUGCUCAAGGUCAAGGACCAGGUGAUCGUCAACAAGUACGCGCCGCUUCUGCUCGCCAUGCUGCCGAGGGGCCCCGUGACGCCGUCCGGCCCCAGCGGCGGCACGAACGAGGCCGGGAACUGA